AUGACUAUUGUCAUUUUUGGUCAAGGAACUGCGAAUAUGUGCGAUUGGAUUCAGUGUGCAAAUGGAGGUAUAUGCCAACCAGCUGAAGGUUCUACUCUAGGUUAUAAAUGUCGAUGUCAAUUUGGUUUUACUGGUACAUUAUGUGAAAAUCGAUUAAAUAUAACAACAUGUGUAAGAAAUCCAUGUCUACAUAAUGGAAAUUGUACAGUAACAAAUGAUUAUCAAGUUAAAUGUACAUGUCCAAAAGGAUAUACAGGCACUCGUUGUGAAAUUUCAAUAUAA